CGCAGCUUUCGACCAUACAGAUUGAAAGAAAGAGAUAAGCACUUCAGGGUAGAAUGUCGUCCGAGUCUUUACCUAUUACUUCGACUGCCUUCGCUGGAGCUCUCAAAGACCUGACCAUUCCAUUGCUCUACGCGAAGGUGUUUGAACUCCGCAACUCAAUAUCCCACCUCGAGCGAUCCAACACCGAACUCAAACAAUACAUAGAAAUAAGCCCAGGAGGCGAUGAAAUUUGCCAAGAAGCCAUAUCUGAAAAUGAAGAAGUCAUCAAGCGAAUGUUGGACCGGAUCGACCUGGUCAAAGCCGAGGUGGAGGCCCGUGGACAAGAGUGGAUCGAAUUAAAUGGCACAGACAAGCUGGAUGAAACAAGUGAAAUAGGACUUGGACCUGAAGCGGAAGAUAUUGAACUACCUGAUGCACCGAUUACUGGAAGUGAUAACGAACGACUGCAAGUUGGCCAGCCCCAGACCCGAUCUGUUGAAAGCAACGGGCCAUCUCAACAGGAAUCGAUGGGGCCCCGGCCAGGAGGCAACGAAAGACAACAAGAAGACGAGUCAGAAGGGGUGUAUCUUUAAACUGAACUGAAAAGAGCGAUUGAUACACAAAGCACGGCAGGUCCUUAUCCCUGCUGAGCACACUGCAGACACUGCUUGAGUUUUGAAUUCUCAGAAAGUGUAGCUUUGCAGCCCGGGAUUCAAAGCUUUGGAUGCUUAGAUUGCUUUACAAAUCCCGCUUCAUACAGGCGCCUUGAUCGCUUUGGACGGACCGUUGAGCUAGGCUAUCAGAUAGAAUCUGGGGAUGGAGAAAAUACGUGAGCAAUAGCCGCAUGAUACCCGGGUUAAAAGUCCUUCCGCCAGAAUGCAUGAGCGGCCGGAGAACAACCAGAUAUUCGCAGCAUUUCCAUUGAACUUGGCCGUAACUGGAGAAACAACCACUAUUUCGUAGCUGUGGUUGACAUAGCAACUUGAAUAUGGACAGAGAAAUCAAGUAAAUAAACAUGAAAUAUGGUCCAUUUG